UGUUCGCCUACAACUGCAUUGUGGUCAUUGGCCCUGAAGCCUGCCGAGUUCCUUGGAGAGAUGUACAGAAUAUAUCCUGCCAGGCAGACUUUUCUGAAUCAAUGGAAGUUGACAUUCAUCACGUGAACUGUAAUCAUGUCGUUUCUCCCCUCUGUACUAUAUGUCCUUGAUCCACAAUAUGAGAUGCAUGUAUGGCCCUGUGCAGUGGUAUUAGCACAAUAUGUGUGGACACACAGGGAAGAGCUGAUGCACAAAACAGUGCUAGAGCUUGGGGCUGGCGUGAGUUUACCUGGUGUGGUGGCAGAAGUGAUCUUGUCAGACAGUGCAGAACUUCCGUGUCUGGAGAACUGUAGGCGCACCUGUGAAGUGAAUGAACUGCCCAAUGUGCUUGUGGUGGGUAUUAGCUGGGGAGAAGUCUCCCCAGACCUUCUGCUCCUCCCUCCAUUAGACAUCAUCUUGGGAUCAGACAUUUUCUAUGAGCCUCAAGAUUUUGAAAAUGUCCUGGUGACCAUCUCCUUCCUCUUGAGAAAAAACCCUGAGGCCCAAUUUUGGACAACUUACCAAGAGAGAAGAUAUUACUUUCAGGACCAGUCCAUGACUGUCAGGUAAUGUCAAGUAAACAUUACUCAUUUUGAUUUUUUUGUCUUCAUGUAUGUUCAGCGCUGACUGGUCCAGAGGCAUUGCUGCACAAAUGGAACUUGAAGUGUCUCAACAUUCCACUGGAGAAAUUC